GCUUUGUUCACCUGGUCGAGACCAACAACCAAGUUUUCAGGGCCUAAAUAUUGCGAAGCAACACCACCACACCCAUCACACGACCCGCGUCACAACUCCAUCACACCUGACUCAAGGGCAACACAACAUCUCACUUACGACACUGUCGAUCGUAUCGUACCGAAAAGAGUUAAAGCGGACCAUUCAAGAAUAUAACGCCGUCGUUAUGGAUCAUUCGGAGUCUAGCAAUUCUACGGUAGAAAGUUCAGAGCGGAACGAGAGCAGCGACGUGGAAAGCUCAGCGCACCACGAUAAUAUGGAGCCCAUCACCCUCGGAACUCGUCACCAUCCGCGUAACAUCCAAGCUGCACGAACACGCCGUGCCCGCGCAAUCAGACUUCGUCAUGCACACCGCCCUCGCCAAACAAUACUCGGACACCUUCAAACUCCUCCUCGAAAGCGACCCUGCCGAGCACGUCAGACGCCUCAUCGAACUACCAAACGUCCACCCAGACAUCUUCCUCUACUUCGUCGACUGCGUCUACAACAACGGCGCCCUCCCCACCCACCCCUCCUCCUCCUCUCCCAAGUCUACAUCCUCUGCGAGACCCUCCAAGCCCGCGUCAUCAAAGCCCUCGUCUUCGCCAAAUUCGUCAACAACCUCCUCCUCAUCGGCCCCCGCUCCAAGGCCGUCAUCUGCACCAUCCUCAAACUCGUCGUCACCGACCUCCCCGAGUUCCCGGAGGAUCGCACCGGGCUCCGCUCGUUGAUGCUGACGUAUACGUAUCUGCACCGCGACUGGCUGAAGGAUUGCCCGCAUUUUGUCGCCGUCUUGAUGGAGGUGCCCGAGCUGGGCCGCUGGAUCUUGUGUAGUCGUGAUCCGUCGGAGGUGUAUCGUAGGCCGGUCUGGGCUUAGAUUGCUUGGGAUUCAAGUAGGCUAAUGGAUGCGUGCAAAGAUUUUGGGGUGGUGCACUUGUGUGACUUUAUGUGACUGCGUGCGUGAAUGAUGGAUUCGGAAAGAGGGCUUUUUGGUGUUUUAUGUGUGGUGUAGUUUUGAAACGCACAGUUUCCUGCUAGUCGGCUGAGGAUUCGACCAGGCUGAGCAUGCCAUGUUUGCCAUGUCCAUUACAGCAGUAUGUAGAUUGGCCCAUAGCGGGUCGUCGUCAGAUACUAUAGGCAGUAGAGC